UGCAAAGACUUGAGCAAGAAGCUUCAAAGAGAUUAAAAGCCUCCCUCUGACCACUCGUCAUCCCUGUCUGUCAUGUAUGACAUUUCCACACAACUUUACCUUAUAUUAUGCCAUUGCGCGCCAUUGCCAUCCCACUACCACCACCAUGCACACACGCAAAGAUAAAAAGCCUUCAAUCAUCACCACCAAAAGCCCCCCUUACCCCUCGAUCCCUUCCCAUUCCCUCUUCCCCUCAACCAAAAUCACAGCUUUCUAAAUAAGCCAGUCACAAAAAAGAAAAAAAAAAGGCCUUCUAAAUACGCCAUGAGAGUGCCCGUUUCUUCUCCACUCAGCAACAACGACAACCAAUCUCCCAAGCACAACCCCCAGAGUAAUAACCCAAGUGUCAACUUUCACCUCGGUAUUUCGAGCCUAGGGGGCUACGAGCCCACCUCGGUUCUCGACCUCCGUCAAAGCCCCAGCCCCGUCUCCGCCGAAAAACCCUCAAAAUCGGGCAUCUCCAACGUGCUGUCCCACUCGAACCAUGAUCCUCUCGAGUGGGAGGACGAGCAAGUCCUGCACAACUUGGACUGGGACUCAAUUAUGAGGGACUUCGGAUUGCACGACGACAACGUCCCAAAUCUCAAGACUUCAAUCCCACAAUUGAAUGCAAACGAUCCUCAGAUUUCGGAGUACCCGCAUCCUCAGCAGUUCGAUCCCACCCAGCUCGUCCACUCCGAUUACGACAUCAAUCUCUCCGAAGUGUAUUCCUCCCAGAAUUGUUACGACCAUGUGACGAACGACUUCCAUCCAUCGGGCAACUGGAACGUAGGGCUUGAUUUCAUCGAGGAGUUAAUCCGCGCCGCUGACUGUUUCGACACGGAAGAGUUGCAACUCGCCCAGGUGAUCCUAGACCGUUUGAACCACAGGCUGCGAUCCUCCUCCCCGUCGAAACCCGUUGGGAAGCCACUCCAGCGCGCCGCAGUUUAUUUCAAGGACGCUCUUCAGUCCCUCCUCAACGGCUCAGACACCGCGGCGCGCGAGUUCACUUCCUGGGCCGACAUCGUCCAGACGAUCCGCGCCCACAAGGGCUUUUCAGGAAUUUCGCCCGUCCCGAUGUUCUCUCACUUCACGACAAACCAGGCCCUACUCGAAGCCCUCAACGGCUCCGCCUUCAUCCACGUCAUCGACUUCGACAUCGGCCUGGGCGGCCAGUACGCUUCCCUAAUGAAAGAGCUCGCUGAGAAAGCUGACGUGGCAAGCCGAAAUAAUGGCAAUCCGGUCCCACCGGUGCUUCGCAUAACCGCCGUCGUGCCCGAGGAGUACGCUGUCGAGACCCGGCUGAUUCGGGAGAACCUGUCCCAGUUCGCUCAGGAACUCAAGAUUAGGUUCCAGGUCGAGUUCGUCCCCCUCCGUACGUUCGAUAUGAUGUCGUUCAAGGCCGUCAAGUUCAUGGACGGAGAGAAGACGGCGGUUCUUCUGUCUCCAUACAUCCUCCGCCGUCUCAGCUCCCAGAACAACAUCUCCGGUUUUCUCGGCAACAUGCGCCGCGUGUCGCCAAGCGUCGUUGUGUUCGUCGACGGGGAGGGGAUGGGGGAUGCCGGAACAACUUCAUUCCGGAGGAACUUCAUCUCUGGCCUCGAGUUCUUCUCAAUCAUGCUGGAGUCGCUAGACGCGUCGGUGGCGGCUUCCAGCGACGUGGUGAAGAAGAUUGAGACGUAUUUGCUGCGGCCGAAGAUUCAGGCGACAGUGGAGGCGGCAGGGAGGCGGAUUCCGCCGUGGAGGAUAUUUCAGGGGGCGGGGAUGAGGGCGGUGGAGCUGAGCCAGUUUGCGGACUUUCAGGCCCAGUGCUUGUUGGGGAAGGUCCAGGUCAGGGGAUUCCACGUGGCGAAACGGCAGGCCGAGUUGGUGCUUUGCUGGCACGAUAGGGCCCUGGUUGCCACGUCCGCAUGGAGGUGUAAUUAGAGGAGCUAAUUAACAUCAGCAGCGAGCUAGAAAACUAGCUAAUAUCUAUUAAGUAGCCUAUACUCUUAACCAUUGGGGUUUGGGGUGUAAUUAUGUGUUAAGUGUUAAGGUAAUGAUCCCGGCCGACCAAUUUGUUUUGUUGGGUUUGGGAGUAGUUUUGCUGUUUUGGUGUAUGUUUGGUUCUCGUUGGUUUUCGUUUUGUAACUCGUUUUUUUUUUUUUUUUUUGGGAAGAAACAUAAAAGUGAAGCUACGUAAAUUAUUUGAAAUUGUCCCAUGGAUCACAUUUCCUUGUACAUAAUUAAGUUCUUUUAGUUCCUUUCACGUAGAAGUUAAUUGCCCA